ACAAAGAUGGCCGCCUACAGUGGAAGUCUGUCGUAAUAUGAGGAGUUGUGUUGAUUAAGUGGACUCUCAGCUUGAGCAUCCCUUCUUUUAGUUUAAGGCAUUGUUGUUUAUGGUAAAUAACUUCUAUUCAAAUAUGACUUCAGAGCGGAAAACAACUGACAAAGCUGUCACUGAGCCUCAAACAGCUGAAGUGAUGGGUACUGGCUCUGUCAAAGUUAUUGAGAAACAGUCACAAAGAAGAAUCUUCAAGAUAAUUGUAAUUGGAGACUCGAAUGUUGGAAAGACCUGUCUGACAUACCGAUUCUGUAGCGGUAAAUUCCCAGACAAGACUGAAGCAACUAUUGGUGUUGAUUUUAGAGAAAAACAGGUCAACAUAGACAAAGAGCAAGUUAAGCUCCAACUGUGGGAUACUGCUGGUCAGGAAAGAUUCCGGAAGAGUAUGGUUCAGCAUUAUUACAGAAAUGUUCAUGCAGUUGUAUUUGUCUAUGAUGUCACAAAAAUGAGCUCCUUUGAGAACAUGCCUGGAUGGAUUGAAGAAUGUGAUCGCCACAAUCUCAACAAAGAUAUUCCACGAAUAUUUGUCGGGAAUAAAUGUGACAUGAAAGAUAAGAUUGCAGUCAACACAAACUUGGCACAGAAAUUUGCAGAUUCCCAUAAUAUGCCGCUGUUUGAAACGUCAGCUAAAGAUGAUGAGAAAGCAAAUCAUGUGGAUGCAAUCUUUAUGACAAUUGCUCACAAACUAAAGAACUCAAAGCCCAUGAUGCCACCCCAUCUUGCCCGCUACACCCCUGGAGAGCCUGCCCAGUCUGAGGUGAUCAAUCUCAGAGGCAGCCCACAACAUCGGGGCCUGCAGUCUGCAACACAUGCCUCGUUUGAGGAUAAGGCAGAGAACUGUGCAUGUUAACAUGGGCAGGACUAAUAUAUUAAUGGUAGGGGUGUCAGGUUGCAACAUGAAUGAAACAGUACUAAUUAGUUCAUUGUAGAUGAUACAAAAUAGACAAAGAGGUACUAAUACAGGACAGUAAAAUACAUAAGUGGUAGUGGUGUACGGAUACAACAUGGAUACAAGUCAAAGGGUGAGAGAAUUCCUUCUGUAGACAGUUAUCAACUGAGAAGUGGGCCUGUUAUCUUGGGCAGGGUAGUAUUCAGACUUUAAUGGUAGUGCUGUAAAGAUAAGUCUCUACAUCAUGAUACAAAUGAUAUGAUGUAUGUAUACACUUGUAGUUACCUAGUCAAUUCAGUUAAAGUACUGGUGUUACCGGGAAAAGGUUCCAGUAGAAAAAAUAUGAAUUUUAUUUGUCAUGUUUUUGUUCCAUUAAGUAAUUCUUCAGAAUAGGGUGAACAUGAGACACAGAACCGAUGGCAUGAACAUGAUGAACAAGGUGUUAUUGAUUAAGCCUGAAAGAAACUGUUGCAAUGAGCUUUCAAUCAGAUAUCAGUUAUUUGGUUAAACAGAAAUUAUUUCUUUUUAUUUAGCCUUGGGUCAAUGGGUAUAUAUGGUUGUACAACAAUCUUGAUUGUAUUUAGCCUGCUUUUCCACAUAGAACCUUACACAAUCUAUGACUGAAGUAACUAGUCUUGAGUUUAUGUUUGGUAUAUUAAGGCCAGCUUAAACAAUACCAUAUGAUAAAGCAAACGUGAUGAAAAUGAUGCUAAGAGCCCAGUUCGCUCUAUCAUGUGUUAUAUAUGGAAUUACACUUACUAGUUUAGUCUAGUAGAAUCCCAAGGUGUGGGCUUUUUUUUAACAGACUGCUGACCUGGAUCAAAUUUCACUGUAUAUUUUCAAACCCAUUUGAUACCUCAAAUGUUCUGAUGGACACUGGGAAAAUAUCUAUCCAUUUGCUUCUGAUAUUAAUAUCUUGUGUAUCUUAAAUAUUCGGUUUUGAUGUACUAUGGCCCAUUGCUUUUCAUAUGGUCAAGCAUGUCAGAUAAACAUUAACAUCUUGUAUUCAUGGUAACAUUCUCUUAAAUGAUAUGUAUCAACAUUAAGUAUCACCAAUGAAGGUGUUUGCUACCUGGUUGUCAAUAUGUCUGCAAUUGUUGCUAGUGUUUCACCCAAAUACUGGUCCCAGUCUAGUAAAUGUUCUCAAGGAACAGUGGAGUGACAUAAAAGGGGUACUGGUAACAUUGUGUUAGGUACACUGUUCAGGGUUUAGACAUAAACUGUCAUACCAGACUAUUUCAAAACUUAUUCUGAACUUGUGGUUGAGUCAACUGACUACAUUUUGGGAGAAGAAAAUAGUCAAAUUUUUUACCCAAAUGCUGGUCCCAAUCUAGUUAAUUUCCUCAAGGAACAGUGGAGUGACAUAAAAGGGUUAAGGUAGCAUUGUCUUGGGUGCACAGUUCACGGUUCAGACAUAAACAGUCAUAUCAGACUUUCAAAACUCAUUCUGACCUUGUGGUUGUGUCAACUGACAUUUUGGGAGAAGAAAAUAAUCCUGCAAAACUUUUGUUAGUCUCCGACUAACAGACAAGUGCCCUGUGUGUUGGUGUUGAUUACUUCACUGACUGGAAUUGAGAGUUGAUAUAAAGUAAUCAGGACUAACAGAACCAGGAUUAUCAGAGAUCCAACAUGACUAAUAUUUUAUGGUCCUUAGAACUGCUGACCGUUUCUGGAUACUGUCAAGGACUGGUCACCUGCAGAUGUGAUCACAUGUUAUGCUUCAUCACUUGGACUGAAUGGUUUAGGAUAUUGUUGUUUUGGGGUGUUGAAGCAUGGAAUGGUUUCCUUGGAAACAGUGGUUAUGAAAACAGGUGCAUGUUUUUGAUACACUUAGGCCAGACCAAUUUUAUUUCUUGUUUUAUGUGUUUUUGUCCUCAGAAAACCUAAAGGCAGGAGGCAAAAAAAUAAAAAUAUAAUCACCAGUCAAAGU